UAAAGGGGCCUUUAGUUAAAGCCACUAUAAUGACACGAUGUACAUCUAUCUAUUGUUUUACUGCUCCAUUGCAAAGAUAAGUUGUGUCCGCUUCUCUUCACAGCUGCACGAGUUAGGUGACGUCGUCCUCACUUUCUUAAAUCACGAAGACGUCCAGGACGAGUUGAAACAGAUGAUCUCAUCGUCCAUACUCCUUGAGUUAACUGACAAUGACGUCAUACUGAAAGUGAAAUUAAAUCCUGACAACCAAACGGUUACUUUUCAAGACUUUGUAAGAUCAAUAGUGGAGAAGAAGAAAUGUUUCACAAUCCCAAACAAAGACUUCGAAAACAAUCCGGAGUGGAACGACAUACGGCACCGUUUUGACGCCGCCUACUCCUACCGGAAGUUGUUGAUACAAGAAGAGAAAGUUGUUGUACUAUCAUUGGCUCAAAAAAUACAAGACCUUGAUUUGAUUGCAAAGUUGCUUGAUUUCACUUGCACAGCAAUCGCUCAAAAAAAAUCUUGAUUUUUUUUCUCAUAAAGAGGCAAUGUUUACAAUAGUAUUUGAGUGGAGUAUUUUGGUAAUCUACAAAUCCAAGUGGAGCUAGAGAUUCAGAAAAUUAGUUGAAUAUUGAUAGGCCAUACGUUUAUGAACCCAGCAACACAUCGGCCUAUAACCAGACAUGCAUCUAACUCAAUUUACAGGGCUAAAAAAGCGGAAGACUCAAAAAACAUCUGGGUUUGAAAAAUUGAAAAAGACUCCAAAAAUGUUUUUGAAAGAUUUGGAAAAGAAAUGGGAGAAAUAGCAAACUACAUAAAAGCAUGGUUUGGCCCGGGGGUCAUCCAUAAAUGACGUCACGCUAUUUUUGACGAUUUUUACCUCCCCCCUCCCCUCUGUCACUCGUCGUCACAAAAAGCCAGAUUCCCCCACCCUAAAAUGACGUCAUAGCUCAGUCUACAACCCCCCUCAAAAUUGCUGUCGAAUUUUUCUUAAAACAUAUUUUCCCAAAAUCUUGUCAGAACUAUGUCAAUUGUCAACACAGAGUAUUUUGAUCAAUUCCUAUUACAGUUUAUUAAAAACAGUCGAAAUUGCGAAAUAACGGCUAAAACUCGUUUUCUAACAUUGCUUCUUUAUAAUGCAAAAACAUGACGUCAAACCAUCUGAACCCCCCCCCCUCCCCCUCAUCACACACCGUCACAAAAUACGGACCCCCCUCCCCCCUACGAGUGUGACGUCAUUUAUGGACGACCCCUUUGAUGUGAUGAACCCAUGCCACAUUGCGAGUUAAGAAAGUCGAAAAAGAAGAAGAGUUGUGGUAUUUUAGAAUCAGAUAUAAGACCAGGGUUAAUGUUAAGAUAACAAUAGGCCUAACAACAAAAACAGCUUGGAUAAAACCUGUUUGUAUUGUUUUGCAAUAACCUUUUUAAGUAACAUGUAUAGCUUACUUAAUUCCUUUUAUAUUGUGUUAACUUUGUACAGUUGUGUUUCAUUUACCAUUAUGUAAAUAUUGC